AUGAGCUUCGAAUACUUAAAGAAGUAUGAUGAUUAUCAUGCAGCAUUAGAGAAUGUUUUUCAAAUAAAAACAGCUGAAUCAUAUGUUGAAGUUUUUAAUAUGAUCACAAAUGUUAUAAUAUCAAAGUAUAAAAUGCCAAUUUCUAAAGUCAUUUCUCAGAUCUUUACGGCAAUUAAUUACAACUAUCGAUCUUUUAAUCUUUAUAUCAAAUUAAUUAAUCAAAUCUUGUUAAAAUACUCAAUAACAUCAAAACCUUCUAAAGAUUUAUUAGAAGAAGCUGAAUUUAUACAUCUCCAAUUCAUUCUUAAUGAUAAUAAUGUUUACCAAAUCACUUAUGAUGAAAACAAAUUAUUUUUUCCAAAGCGUGAAGAAAUUCAUGACAUUUUUAUAGAUGAUGAUAUUGAUAAAUUCAAAAAUUAUAUUAUUCAUACACCUGUUGAUGAAAUUCAAUUAGUUAUUCAUGGCUUCGAUCUUGAUGCUCAGCAAGCUAGCGCAUAUUUUGGUUCCGUAAAUAUAUUUUUAAUUUUCUUCAUCCAGAUAACAAGAAAAAAAUAUUACAAACUACACUGA